AUGUCGAGGAGCUAGUGUUUUCAUUCCUUAGCGUUUAUAAUAAUUAACUAAUAGGUUGUUAAUUCUUGAGAAGGUUCAAGAAUACACUGGCUUGUAUGUUCAACCCCACAAGCCUAUAGUUGGAGCCAACUGUUUUCUUCAUGAGAGCGGCAUUCACCAGGUUCGGUGCAUAUAUAUAUACAUGCAUACAUACUAAUAUAUAUAUAUAUACAGAAAAUCAAUUAUGAGAUAGAAUUGGUUAUCAUUCUUUACACAUUAUGAAAGGAUGGGAUAUUGAAAAAUCGGAGUACAUAUGAGAUCUUAUCACCAGAAGACGUAGGAGUUGUAAAAUCUCAAAAUUCAGGCAUUGUUCUUGGAAAGCUUAGGUAAUUAUUCAAUUUUAAGUAAUAUUUUUUUACUUAUUUAACUUAUUUGAAAAACCUAUGGAAAUACGUAGUGGACGUCAUGCGGUGAAAGGUUGUCUGAAAGAGGUAAAUACAUUGUGAUUAGAUCAUUUUUACUCGUUGGUUACACAAUGAUCAUAUACAAAUACUUAAAUAGGAGAUCUAUAUAUUUAUUAAUUAAUUAAUAUACUUGGGUGUUUGUUUCUGCUCUCAGUUGGGAUAUGAAAUCAAUGAUGAGAAAUUGAACGAGGUAUUCUCACGGUUCAGAGAUUUAACCAAGCAGAAAAAGGUUUUUUUUUUUUUGUAUUUUAUAUCUUCUUGUGCACAUAUACUUAAAACUAAAUUUGAUAUUAUAAUUUCAAAUACGAAUUGAUUAUAGAAUGUCUUACUUAAUUAUUGUUUGAUAAUAAUCUCAGAGAAUCACGGAUGAUGAUCUCAAGGCAUUAGUAACGCUGUGUGGUGAUGAAAUCUUCUCCUCAGAGAAGUUAAACGGCAAUGAAAUCAACAGUAAAGGCUAUGCACCAGACCCUCAGAUUUCCUCAGUGGUAUAAAUAUGUGAACACGUUUUAUAUUUCUGUAUCAAUGUAAGACAAGUCUCAUUUGAUAUGCAUAUGUUGUUGUAAUGAAUAAAACAAUACUGAGAUGAAAAACUUAAGCAUUAAUCACUUACCUGGGGGUGUAAAGGUUUCAAUUGUCACCCACCUACCGAACUGGAGUUGACAUAAGCAAAUCAAAUAUGAGACUGAUUUGGUUUUUAUUUGAUACGCGUAACAACAGUUGUAUGAAUAUAUAAACACAUAAUACAUGCAUACAAGGUUAAUAAAUAUAAACUAAGAUCAUCCAGUUUUGACAAAAGCGCGUAGUUAUGGACAUGAAGUAAUGGAGGCAAAGUCAAAGAGCUUAAUUCUACACCGUCCAAAGCUUCAGAUGUUUAGUUAGUGGACACCACGUCCCAACGUAGUGCCGAUGUGGUAAGGGUUGAAACAUUUGCCACGUAUCCCGUUUUAUUAUAAACUAACCACUCGUACCACAAUAACUGUUUACUAAAAUCACAGGAGUUUCUUACAUCUUCUUUUGGUCAAAAUGUAAAUAAUUAUAAGUGACUUAAAGAGUUUCUAUUGGCCUAUAUUUAUAUAAUAUCACAUCUUUGAUCUAUGGAUAGUUUUUUUUUCUUACUGAAAACGAUCUAUGGAUAGUUUUGAUAUAUACAUACUCAUCUCAUAUAAUAUACUAAUAAUAGCUAUAUGUAUGUGUGUUUAUUUGUAAUAUUGAAUAUCAGAUACAAUGUUAUCAAGUUGAUAAAAUUCUAAACAUAUGACGAAAAAAUAAUAAUAACAACUAAAUAGUCAUAAGUUGAAAAUUAUAUAUAUAAAUAGUUAAGCCGUCAACCAAAUCAACCUAACUAUGACAAAUUUAAUAUUCACAUUUGUUUUAACUUUUUGGUAAACAAGCUCAAUAUUCCUAGUAUACACAUAUAUACCAUAGCACACGGAGCCAUGUAUUUAAUAAAUAACACUUGACAUUUGUUUUCUCAACAAACCGACUUGUCUCUUCUCUCCGCCCAAAAAAUAACCGGCGUUUAAACAAUGCCACGGCUAAGCAACGCCGCCGUGAUAACAACGAACGCAAUCCUCGCAUUGAUCGGCCUCGCCACCUUAUGUUUCUCUGUCUAUCUCUUCAUUGAAGGCCCAUCACAAUGUCAACGCUUCAUUCAAAACCCUCUCAUCGUAACAGCGACUCUCCUCUUCUUCAUAUCUUCCUUAGGCCUCAUCGCGGCUCUCUACGACAACUACAUCAUCAUUACUGUCUACCUAUUCUUUCUCUUCCUCUCCAUUCUUCUCACCCUAAUCUUCUCCAUCUUCAUCUUCCUUGUAACUAAUUCUUCCGCCGGCAAAGCGUUUUCAGACAAAGGAAUAGGGAAUGUGAAGACCGGUGAUCUUCAAAACUGGAUAGGAGACCAUUUCCUUCAAGGUAAGAACUGGGAAGGGAUUAAACGAUGCAUGGCUGAUUCUUCCAUUUGUAGGUUUCGUCCACGUGACGUUGACUUUGACGCCAAACACCUCUCACACGUAAAGUUCGGAUGUUGUCGACCUCCAGUAGAAUGUGGCUUCGAGGCAAAGAAUGCUACAUGGUGGACAGUUCCAGCAACGUCGACGGCAGAGAUCAAAGGGGACUGCAAAACAUGGAGUAACACGCAGAGCGAGUUGUGUUAUGCAUGCGAGUCCUGCAAGGUUGGAGUUUACAAAGGGAUUAGAAAAAGAUGGAGGAUUCUUCUCGUCUUUAAUCUUCUUCUUAUCCUUCUCGUCGUUUUGCUUUACUCGUGUGGCUGCUGUGUGAAGAAAAACAAUCGUGUUCCAUGGAAGCGCCGGUUCCUCUGAAAACUCAUACUUCAUUUUGUUUUUGUUUCUCAAAUUAAUUAAUAUAUCCUUUAUUUUUUCUUGAAAUUAUUACUUGGUUUGGUUUUACUUCUUGGUGUUUGAUACUUCUUGAACAUGAAUACUGGCUUGGUGUGAAUGCAUUGAUGGAACUA